AUGUCGCUCCUUCUGAUAAAGACACAAGAUCUGACAUGGCAAGACCGGGCUCUGAACAUGGAAGUGAUGCUAGAACCAAAGAAAACACAGCUCUUGUUCAAGAAAAACAAAACUCUCUCCAUGCGGUGCGAAAAAGACAGACAACGAUACGACAAACAAAGAACAGCAACCAUACGGAAUUAUAAGACAGAGAAAAGAUAUAUGGAUGAACGAAACCAAGAACUCUACAUCGUUAAAACUCAGAGGUUCUUACAGAGCAUUCCUCCGGAUAUGAAGCAACAGGUUCUAAGCAGAAGAUCAUUUUCUAUUAGUUUAACCAAACUUACCAAAGAUAUCAAUGAUGAAACAAAUGCUAGAGCCUCGGCUCCGCCAAACAUGGUAGGAAUAAUGUCUCGAGAGGAAGAAACGGUACUGCCCGCCAUUACGCUGCAAACACCGGAACCGAGUCCUAGGAUACAGUAUCAACGACAGGCAAAGUCCUCGAUGAACUUAUCUUCCCAUAACUGUGUAAAAGAUCUUUCUGCUUCUGCUAAUGACCUUGAUGGUACCCCUGAAUCUCAGAAGUCAAGUCGGAACAAUACACCGAUACCAAGCUAUCUUCCAUCCGUCCAACAACCUUUGCCCAGUGGAAUAAUGAAGGAUCAAAGAAGAAACUCGGCAAAUCCUUUGCUCACAGACAGAACUGUUAGAUUUGCAGAAAAAAAUAAGGAAGAGAAUAAAAAUGCAAAAGAACCGAGGGUUGAUCUGUAUCAAGAAGAGAAAAAUCGAAUUGAAAAUCUAAAGCCUAAAGUGCAGAGAAAAGUUAACGCUUUCUUAAUGGAACAAAGUAAAUUCAAUAAAAGGGCUCCGAUCCCAAAGACUGAAUUGCCGAGGAGGAACAAUGUAGAAGACUUGUGCGGAAUUUCUAAAACCAGACUAGUCAGUGCAUUUGACGAUUUUUGCGAAUUGUCAAAUCGAGAUAAUUUUCAAAAACUUGUGAAAUAUGCUACGAAGUACAAAGUAGCCUCUCAUUUGUCUUCCAAAAUUGUGCCUUCGGUGGACACAGUGAAAGCAUCCCGGUCUUUUCUCAUGAUACAGAAUCAAAUGGGAAAUCAGGCGCGAAAUCUCGUUCAGGGCACGUGACAAAGC